AUGAGCAGCAUCGUGGAUAGCCGUCUCUCCAUGGAGUUGGAGGAAAAGGAAUAUGAAUUAUGUGGACACCCUGUAAAGAUCACGAUGUUUAAAGGGGCUUCUUUAGGCGUCUCUGCUUUUGUCUGGGGACCUGGGCUUGUCCUUUGUCGGUAUUUCGAGGCUGAGAAGAUUGAUUUUACUGGGAAGAAGGUGAUUGAACUAGGAUCUGGCACUGGAAUUGUGGGGAUUUUAGCGGUGCUGCUGGGCGGAGAUGUCACCAUGACGGACAGGUCGUUCGUUUUGAAGCAAAUUGAAUACAACAUAAUUGCUAACGUUCCACCCAGCUCCAGGCACCGUACAAAAACCCGUCCCCUUGAAUGGGGUAGCGAUCAGGAUAAAUUUCCAACCGACUUUGAUAUCGUUCUGGGAUCGGACAUUGUUUACAGCCCAUCGCAAUUUUCAAAUCUUUUACAGACACUGCUGCAUUUCUGCAACGACAAUACUAUCAUGUACCUGUGCUCUGAUGUGAAGUACAGAGAGGGAUCUGCCAAAUUCCACGAUGAGCUCGUGCCAGAGAAGUUUAGCAGCGAGCUCAUCCAUACAAGCGGGAGCAGCUGUGUUUUCAAAGUGACCAAAAAAGUUCCAGGCGACGAAUACUAG